UGAGACGUUAGUUUUUAAGCAUUCUCGCGUUGAAAUUUACACUUGAAACAGCUAUUCCCUGCAUUCGCAAUCAUUGUAAGCGAGUAGAUCACAUAUAACCGUUCAAGAACACUCUAACAUCAUGAUGUACCUAUUUUAUCUAUUUCCUAUGGUAAUUUGUGCGAUCUUUGCGGAUCCAGACGAAGCCUGCGAUAAAUCAAAGUGCAGAGGAGUGGGACAAUACUUGACUGAUUUGAGAUGCAUGCCCAUUUACGGUCCUGACGACAAUUGUUGUCCAAUAAAAUACAAUUGUGAUCAUCUCAAGGAUAGAGCCGUUGACAAAUGUUAUUACAAAGGCCACGUUUACGAAAUUGGAGAACGUCUCAGGCCUGAAGAUGCAAGACCAUGUGAUAUCGGGUGCCAUUGUGCAUCGGGUUAUAAUAACAAUCCCGCUAAAUUUACUUGUGCCGUGGUUGAUUGUUUCGCCAGAGCACGACCUGGUUGUUAUCUUAAGGCUAAUCACACCCGAUGCUGUUCAGGACCAGAAGUGUGCCCCGAGACUGAAGAGAAUCUAGCAAAGUGUGAAGUCGAUGGAAAAACCUAUCUAGACGGGCAACGAUUCACGCCGGCAUCGGUCCCAAAGAAAAACUGCAUCUGCUCUGAAGGAUACAAAGGGGAGAAUAUCGCGCCAUUUUGCAAGGACUCAGAACCCACAAGUUGCAAUACAGAACUCCGUCGCAGGACUGAACAGUAUCAAAAUUGCAUUCCGACGUUCUACGGUUUUCAGAACCCGGCUACAGAUUGUAGCUACGCUUUCAGAUGCCAAAACGACAAAGACAGAGUUAUACCUGGAAGUGGAACCAGAUCUUCGGCCGAAUCAGACCCAAGUGAUACCUGCACCUUUGGGCAAUUGAAGAUGAACAUCGGAGACGAACUGAACCAAGCUACAGACUACAGUUCUGUCUGCAUGAAAUGUGUUUGUGAAGUACCACCGGUAGCGACAUGUAAACGUCGUCCUGACGACGAAUGCGACGUUACCGUUCACCCUGAAUUUUAAAAUUCUUGGACCCGAAACCGUUCCAGUAGAAAACAUACCAACGUACCGUCAUAGGCACAGUGCAAUUACUUCAGUGUAGGCGGUGGCAAUUUUUAAGAAUUUUCCAAACGAUCUGUUGGAAUCAUAAAAUCGAUACUAAAAUUGAGCGUAUUUAUAGAUAAUGAUUUUCAACUAAUCUUGAAGUUUCUACACUUAAAAAAAUUAAUUUUGUAGUGGCAAUGAAAUUACAUGCAAUAAGAAAAA